AAACUACAUAUAAACAGAUUACUCUUAUUUAUUACAGAAACGCAUUAAAGUUUAUACCUAUAGAACUGUUAAGAAAAUUGUGAUUUUAAAAGAAUUUCAAAAAUGUUAGUGCUGGUUUUAGUUCUAAUACCAAUUAUUGUGGAAGGUAGAAUAGAGGUUGAUAUAACAGUGAAAUCAAAUGGUACGGACGUAACAGUGAAUGCAAGUUACUCUGGAAGCGAUGACAGACUAGUUACCGAUGAACAUUUAAAUCUAUUCGACGUCACCAAGACGAAACUAAACAGAGGAAUGCGAAUAGAACUCGGUAAAGUACCAGACGACAUAUUCAUAAGAAACCCUACACCAUACGGAGAUUUAUUUACAAAAUUCGAUUGGGAACAAAUGAAAAGAAAAUUAACUAUUGUUAAUGCUAAGAUAAUAGAUAUUGUUAACCAGGAUAUAGUGCUAGAUACACAUGAACAUAUUAACAAUACUACAAAUAUAGUAACAGCCAAAAGAAGCAUGUAUAAAGUUAUGGAUAACAGCAUUAGUUCUACAUGGUCUAAAACAGGGCUACCAGCAGACAAUGCUCAAACAACUUUCAUCCUUAACUUUGAAGGUGGUAAGGCGAAAGUCGUGAAAAAGUGGAGAAAUGAGAGCACACAGAAUUUCAAAAUACCUGUGGGAAUAACUAAUAAAGGUUUGAUAACGAUUGUACCAAAGCAGACUGCUGUCACGAAACUAAUAGUUUCAAACACAAUAAUUCUGAUUCAAAUUAUUUAUAAGGCUGAAUUAUCAGGGAAUGUGAUAGGUAAUUACGCUGAACUGUAUGGAAAAUAUCAUUAUUGGGCCCCAGCUGUGAAGAAUAUACUAAAAGCUGCUAAAGUAAAAAAUGAAAUCUUCACAACAAAAGUUGUUGAACUUCGAUGUUAUACCAGACCAAGAUUGGCGGUUUUCGAUAAAACUACAGGUAGUACUGUGGAAGCCAAAAGGAAGAGGCCUCGUAUGAAAAUUAUACGAAAUAAUAAUGAGACGCGGAUUUUUUAUACAAAGACUAAGAAGCAAAAGAAGAUUAAAAAGAAUCCGCAAAUAAGUAUUUAGUUUAUAACAUUAUUGUAUUUUUAUUUAUUUAUACUUUAUCAUUAGAACUUAAAAGAUGUAAAUAAUUAUGAUUAUCUCAAGACUCAGGACCUCUGUGGACGCCCUCUGCCCCAUCUAGGGGACAUAUGACCUUAAGUCAAGUAGGUAAGCCAUUGGAACUUAAAACGGGAUAUUAAAUUAUUGUGAGUUUCCAAUAUUUCAGUAAUGUUGCAAACGCCAUUGUUAUGUUUUUGUACAAUCAAUCCACAGUAAAAUAACUUACAAAAACAUGUCACAAAUUCAAAAUGUAAAACUUUUUGAUUAAAUUUCUAAACGUAAACGUGAAUGUCAUCAGCUAACGUCAAAACUUGACGUCUUUAUUCUGCCAAAAUCAAAUUGUCGUGUCAAAUCAAAUGUCGUCAAAAGUUCGAAGGUUCGAUUCAUGAUUUGCAAUAAUUUGUAUUAAUUGACCGAUAAAAUAAUAAUCUAAAUACCGAGUGGACGAUGAUUUCAUGAAUUAAAAUAUUAGCUUAGUCUCGACCCCGUUUCAAUUCAUCUUUUUGAUUUAUUUAUCUGACGCAACCCGUCGUAGACUGACGCACGUAAACCAUUGUGUACAUUUUAUUUAUUUUUUUGUUAUUAAUUUUAUUUUUUCUAAUAAACUUUGUGCGGUGUA